AACCAAAUGGUAUAUCAUCGACAUUAACAUCGCGUGAGCUAAAUUCAAUCAAUGGCUUCUCUCUCUGUCCAGCUUCAGCUAACUUUCAUCCUCCUCAUAACGGCAUCUUUUUGGUUGAUAGAGGCACGAUCAGGACAGAGAGAGUUUGACUAUUUCAAAUUGGCUCUUCAGUGGCCUGGCACUUUCUGUCAACGUACUCGCCAUUGCUGCUCUUCUAAUGCUUGCUGCCGAGGUUCGAAUGCUCCAGCUGAAUUUACAAUUCAUGGGCUGUGGCCAGACUAUAAUGAUGGAACCUGGCCUGCGUGUUGCAAGCGAUCUAGUUUCAAUGAAAAAGAGAUUGCAACAUUACAUGAUGCGCUAGAGAAACAUUGGCCGUCUUUAAGUUGUGGGUCACCAUCAACUUGUCAUGGUACCAAAGGAUCAUUUUGGGCACAUGAGUGGGAGAAGCAUGGGACUUGCUCCUCUCCAGUUGUUCAUGAUGAAUACAGUUACUUUUUGACAACCCUCAAUGUGUACUUUAAGUACAAUGUCACGAAAGUACUGAAUGAAGCGGGGUAUGUUCCUUCGAAUACCGAAAAGUAUCCUCUUGGAGGCAUUAUCUCCGCCAUUGAGAAUGCUUUCCAUGCUACCCCAUCACUGUCUUGCUCAAGAGGUGCUGUAGAAGAACUCUAUUUAUGCUUCUACAAGGAUUUCAAGCCUCGGGACUGUGCUGUUGGAUCAAUCAUUCAAGACAAUUAUUCUUCUAAAAGCUCAUGUCCGAAGUUUGUUAGCCUACCGGCAUAUGUUUCAUCAGGCCUUGAUGGUGCUGAAGCUGCUUCCUUUUAGAUACCUGAUACUGGUGCAACCUAAAAUCUUGGCACAUGCAUAUUGUACGCUGCCAAUCAGCCUUGAUAGUUGACAGAUGCUAUAAGAAAAUUCAGAGAAUGAGAUGCCACUCUAUGAGGCACCAGCAACUUAUGUAUCGUCAUUUACAUAAUUGUAGAUUAUAAAUUAUGGAUGAAUGGCAGUAAAGCUGGAUUUGAAUUAUCAGAAACUUAGGUUGGAACAAUAUCCUGCCUCCAACCUCACCAAAUUCUUGCAAAGUUGUGGAAGAACCAAGCGCUGUAAAAUAUUUACUCUGUUUAUAUGAGAAUGCAUGCUCAUAUCUGCUGACUA